GAUUCAAACGAACCGACUCCGGGACUCGAACAGCGCUGCUGUGUUUACGGGCUUUCGAGAAGUUGCUCUCCGUCCAGCGUUUCCUGCGGGCUCGGGCGGUUCGGCCGUGAGAUGCGGGCCGGUUGCGGCUUUAGCUGAGCUGCAGAGUGACGGAGAAAGCCGAGCGCGAGUGCGCGGUUAGUGAAGGGAAUGAACAUUAGCAGAGAGCAGUGACAGAGUGAUAGAGAGUCGUGUGGAGUGCUAUAGAGAGUGCUAUAGAGAGUGCUAGGGCUGGCCCGGGUGAAGCAGAGCCAUGUACCGCUCCCUGUACGCCUUUAAGUCCUCAGAGCCGAACUCUCUGCGCUUCUCGGCCGGGGAGAGCUUCCUGAUCCUGGAGCGCAGCAACCAGCACUGGUGGCUCGGGUCCCGCUGCUGCUCCGGGGAGACCGGCUACAUCCCCGCCUCCUACAUCGAGAAGAUCCAGGCUCCAGAGCAGGAUGAGGUUCUGCAGUCCAUUGAUAGAGCCAUUGAGGGGAUCCAUAACAUGGCAAUGAAAAAUGGAGGGAAAUAUAACCUGGAGCAGAGAGAAGUUCUGCAGAAGUUGAUCCACCACAGGAAGGAAACUCUCUCCCGCCGGAGCCCGACUCCGUCCAAUCACAAACAAGGAAUUCCUUCCUCCAGUAGCGAGCUCUCGCUAAGCCACACCCCCCAGCCACCCAACGGCCUGAGCCGAGCCUUCAGCUGCCAGGGCGGCGAGCCGAUCGCCGAUAGCACUGAGAAUGUGCCAGGACUGUAUCAGGUUCCCCCUCAGCCUCGCAGAGCCGCUCCCAUAACCCCCCCUCCUCCGGAGAAACGCAGAGAGACCCGACAUCCAGAACCUGAUGUGCCAGUCAGAGUGAGCCCCUCUGGCUCUGCCCACAGCCCUGAUCCACCUGCUGCUGUUGGACCUUCACCCUCCCUAAGCUCCGCCUCCUCACACUCUGGCUCCACCCACUCUGUCAUUUCCUCUGAUGUCAGUCUUCCCAGUGCAGGCAGCACCCCGCCUCCUGUGCCAAGCCGUGCUAAAGCCCCACCUCCUCCUUUACCUGACCCCUCCCCAUCCCUCCCUGCCCAGCUGGCGCCCUCUAAAAAAGGCCCCGCCCCUCAACCCCAGCCUCAGCCGAUCACGUCACAGCCAGUCAUGCCAGAGCCGGCACAAGAAGACCAAUCAGAGGCCGAGUGGCCAUUGGCCCCCCCCCCUAUUUCUGUCAGUCCCACCGAUAGCCCCACCCACAGUUCAGCAUCCGUUUCCAUGACGACAGGAGCAGAGCUGAUCGAGCUGGUGAGGAAGAACACGGGCCUUAGUUACGAGAUGUCACGCAUUGCCGUGGGUGUGGUCGUCGGGCAUCUACAGACCACCAUCCCUAACGCGGCCGCUGAGCUGGAGCAAGUCUUGCUCUCAUUGGUCGAGAGCAAGGACCUGAGCGUGGCGCUGCCUCGGGGACAGGUGUGUCACGAUGAGCAGCGGCUGGAGGUGAUUUUUGGUGAUUUGGCUCGUCACCGUGACGACGCUCAGCAGCGCAGCUGGGCUCUGUAUGAAGAUCAUGCGCUCAUAUCCUGCUACCUGGAGGAACUGCUGCAGAUACUGACGGACGCUGACCCUGAGGUGUGUAAGAGGAUGUGCAGAGCCAAUCAUUCAGAGGCUGUACUGUCUCUUGUUUCAUACUACCAGAUGGAGCACAGGGUGUCUCUGCGCCUGCUGCUGCUGAAGGUGUUUGGAGCGAUGUGCGGUCUGGACGCCUCGCUCAUCUCCACGCUGCUCAACUCCAUCCUGCCGAUGGAGCUGGCCAGAGACCUGCAGACCGACACGCAGGAGCAUCAGAAGAUGUGUUAUACCGCCCUGGUUCUGGCCAUGAUCUUCUGCAUGGGGGAGCAGGUGCCCUACCGCCAUUACGAUCAUUUGAACUCCAGUUUUGUCCAGUUCCUGCUGGACGUUAUUGAGGAUGGUCUUCCCUCAGACCCCACAGAACAGCUGCCUGACCUCUUCAUCAACCUGCUACUGGCCUUCAAUCUGCACCUCACAGUGCCGGACAGUAACACGGUGAUGCAGACGCUGAUAAAGAGACACAAUGUGAAGACGCUGACUGAGAAGAUCCUCCUGCUGCUCAACAGAGGAGAGGACCCUGUGUGCGUUUUUAAACACGCCCCCCCUGCUCCACACUCCAUACUGAAGUUCCUGCAGGACGUGUUUUCCAGCCGUGACUCUGCGGACAUUUUCUAUCACACUGACAUGAUGGUGAUGAUCGACAUUGCUGUCCGACAGAUAUCUGACCUGUCUCCAGGAGAUAAGCUGAGGAUGGAGUAUCUCUCUCUGAUGCACGCUAUCAUGCGCUCCACUGACUACAUGCAGCACCAGCACCGUCUGCCCGACCUGCAGGCAGCGCUGGAGAGGAUUCUGGGAGAGGAGGACGACCCAGGAGAGGACGAAAGCUCGGCCACGGCCCGUCAGAUGGACAAACUCAUAGUUCAGCAGAUUUAUAAAGAGUUCCCUCAGAUCAGCAGGAACUGAGGGGUUUGGUCCCAAACGGCUGGUGGAGCACGCUCUAGCGAGUGCCCUUAGAAAGAGGGGGCAAGGGCGCAAUGCACAGACCCCCAGACGGGUCAGAGGAUCAUCGCUGUCCAGAGAAAAAGAAAAUGGCUAAAAGUUCUUUACGUUUAAUGUAACUUAAUGUAAAAAGAUAAUAUUCAGAUUUAUUUUGAUUUGGAGCAUUUCUAUUGGUCCGUUCAUCCUGAGGUAUGCACAGCUGCUGUGUUGAGAUGAUGUAGAACAGUGAAAAUCCAACUCCAGUUCUGGACAGAUAGACUGAACAUGUUCUGGUGGUACUCUGCGAAGCGUUCCCACAGCUGGACUGCAACAAAUGUAGUAACUGCUUUUACGCUGUGUUCCAGUUGUAUAGUUAACACUAACUCUGACUGUUUUUUGAGUGAAUAAUAAUGAGGAUAAUACUGAGUAUUAAUUAGUUAUUACAGUCUUAUGUAAAACUGCAGGAGAAGGAAAAAACAUGCUUUACUUUUAAUGCAAGUCAGUGGAACCAGACGUCUUUCCAGGUGAUUCUGGGCCGUUUCUUUUAGUCCAGUAGGUUUUUAAAAUUGUGAAAAACUGAAAAACGUCAAAAAUGGAGAGAUGAGGUUUUGUUCCGACAGCAGUUAAAUAUCAUAAACAUAGAAUAGCAUAAAAUUGAUUUCAUGAUUUCCCAAAGGUUGUAAUCAGACUGAAUGGUGAGGUCAAAGGUUUACACCUGCGUGUUAAAGAUGAAUCUAGUUUAUAUGGUUUGUUUAGUAAACAGCUGGAACACGGCGUUAGGUUUAGCACUCUGACUGCGGCGUCCUCCACCAGCCUCACACCGUAAUCUGUUCGGUAAUCAUCUGUCCCGUCGCCCUCGGGGUCACGCUGCAGUGCUCUCCCUCAGAGGGGCCCUUGUUGUAGUGCACUCCUGCAGAUUUGCCACUGGUCUUACUUUGGUUUGAGGAGUCGGCUUCCUCUGAAUCUCAGCUGUAGGUCCGUCACCUUCACUUACGUUAGUGAUCUGGUUAUUUUAAUCCAGUAAUUAGAGGCUUAAUAGUUGCCAAAUGCUUAAAAAGGAUCAACCGCUAACCAUGCGGAGGCUUUUGGAGGCUGUAAGUAGCCUGCAUUACAACAUAUGAUAUAAAAUCAACAAAUACUUCUUACUGUGAGAAAGAGCAGCAGCAGAACCAAGCAGAUAACGGACGAAUCGCAGCCCUCUGACGUCCUGCAUCGUGCCAAAAUGGUACAAGCCGUUUUUCUCUGUGGAAAAAAUCAACAGUAUUUUUGAAAAAUGCCACUGCAGUAAAUAAAAAACGUUCCUGCGUUCGUUUCCUUGUGCGCCGAAUGUCCCGAGCCCUCGGAAUAACCAGUCAACAUGCUAAUUUUGCUACAUGCUAACACUCCCGCUUGUUGAACUGACAUGAGGGGACGGGCAGCGUCACUGGAACACCUCGCGGGACACUUUCGCUCUGUCCGGUGUGGCGGUCAAGAGGCUUCAGGCUCAUAUUUAAGCAGCUGGUGUUGCUGUGUAGUGUAGGCGUAGCUGCAGCGUUAGCCGUCUUAGCUAGCUUGCCAGAACUCCUCCACGUGCUAAGAGCUAACAACAAAGUGACGUCACGUCCUCAGACGCCACUUUUCUGAGAAGCUAGAACGUUUGCUUUCUGAUUUAACCGAAGAAUCGUGACCGCCCUGUCCAGCCGGCGCGUCUCUGCUGACCUGCUGCUGCUGGUGCAUUUACGCUACUGCAGCUGCUGACCGCAGUAGCCAGUGUUCGGAACCAGCUGUGCUGUAGAUGGUUCUGUGUAGAACCUUUCUGAAAAUGCUUCUGUAUAGCACCAGAAAUGUUCUUCUCUAUGCAGAAGGAAGACCACUGAAGUUCAUUCUGUAGACGGCGUCGAGCUCAUAUGAGAAACUCCGGAUCUGAUCUUCUUUACUGGAAGAAUGAGUGGCGUUAAGUUGGACUCCAGUAACUCCAAAAUGUUCCGGAGUUCAUACAUUUUGCCGUUUAUUUCACAGAACCUCACCAAACCCUCUGAAUUGGCUUCAGGAGGUCAUUAAGGACUUUAGAGGCUUUGGCUGUUUCAGGCUGCUGGUGUUGGUAUAUAACAGUGUUAAGGUUUAAUAGCGCCCAUCUUAAAAAUUACGGUUCUUCAGUGGUUCUUUAGUAUAUAAAAUGCUUCUAUGUGUAACCACAAACACUCAAAGAACCCUUGGCAUGAUGAAAGGCUCCUUUGCAUCAUGAAAGGGUUCUUUGGAUUGCUGGAGAAUGUGCUGUAGAUGGUUCUGUAAGGUUCUUUCUGAAAAUGCGUCUAUAUAGCAGCAAAAAUGGUUCUUCUUUUGUAACAAGCCUGACGUUGUAAAAGUAGAAGAACCAUUUUGGUGCUGUUUAGAAAUCUUGAUCAUGCAAUGGUUCUUUGAAUGUUCCUGGUUCUAGAUUUUCUAGCCAUUUUCUUUACUAAAGAACUCCUCUGUUCAACCGCUUAAAGCUGCACUAUGUAAGAUUUGAGGAUUUGGAGCCCUCUCUGGUGGACAUGUGUAAUUGCACGCAGCAGCAAUGUGAGUGAAUGAUCUACUACUGUCGUCACAUCUUCAUCAGCGUGAUGUUGAUUCUGAGGUCAUUUGAGGCCGAAACAUCGAGCCGGACCUUCUUUCUGAGUCUGCGUGUGACUGUAAUGCGUAAAGACGUAUGACGUAGUGUGAAAAACUGAAAUUCAGUUUUAACUUUAAUUUGUGAAAAUUGUGAAAAUUGAUUUUUUUCCCCCAUAGAGGAAAACCGCUUAGACUGGACGUUCCUUAUAUGCGUUAGGCCGACUACAAGAUGACGCCGCCGCUUCAGUGUUCUGGUAUAGAGUUACUGCUGGUGCCAAAACUGCACUGCAAAAUACUGAGCCUUACUGCUAACCCUGCUCAGCUGCCUCCCUCUGUACCGACACCACGGCUGCAAUGUUCUGCUCUGAAAGUGUUCUAGUCUUCUGAGUGUUCUAGUCUUCUGAGUGCCAGUGUUCUGGGUGAACGAGGGAUGAAUUUAACGCUCGGGCCGCUGUUAAUAUCCUUUGUUUUUAUUUUAACCAGAUCAUCAUCUUGUGUCUCGGUCUCUACCUCUCUGAGCCGCCGCGCUUUUACAUAUCUAUCAGACGGUAUGGCUGUAGCUCUCUCUCUCUCUCUCUCUCUCCCUCUCUCUCUCUCUCUCCCUCUCUCUCUCUCUCUCUCUCUCUCUCUCUCUCUCUCUCUCUCCCU